GUCAACUUUCAUAAUUGUAUGCUGAAUUACUGAAUCACAGUGCUGGGAUGAUUAACCUUCUUCAGAGACUGCGUAUACUACGUAACAAGUUUUAUCAGGGAGAAACAAAUGUGAUAGUAUCAGCCUUAGGUAUUGUAUUGGUGUCGCCAUUACUCGCUGGAUCUGCUCUAUCACUAUGGUAUGCAAAACAUAAAGGGCUAGACCACAGAAAAAGAGAUUCAUUUGAAGAUCCAGAGUUUACCGGCUUUACUCUUGUACGUCUUCCAGUGUGUAACCAAAGCAGUGUCGCUGAAACAUCUGAAUCCGUUGUCCUGCCAAGUGAUAUAGCAAAAAUGGCAGAAGAAGCAAAAACCAAGUUGUCAGGUCACUGGCAUCCAAAUGACGUUAUAGUUGCUAGUUAUCCAAAAUCUGGAACUACGUGGCUAUCUGAAGCUGUGUACUUGAUUGUCAACAGAUUAAACUGGAUCAAAGCCUAUUCAUCGAAUUUGGAGGAGAGGGUCCCAUAUUUGGAGUAUAUAUGGCCUGGACCAAGCACCAUUUUACGAACACCAGCUCCUCGUGUGAUAAAAACACAUCUCCCAUUCCAUUUAUUACCUGAAGAGGUUCGAAAUGGUGAAUGCACACGUAUUGUUUACAUUGUGCGUGAUCCUCGUGAUGUUGUCGUUUCAUAUUACCACUUUGUCAGGUGCUUUGUUCCAGCUGGAUAUCAAAACUUAGAAGGCUUGGAAGGAUUUGUACGCAGGUUUUUGGAUGACAAACUACCCUAUAGUCCUUGGUGCAGACAUGUUAGAAGUUACUACGAAGCUGCAACCAGCUUUUUAGAAAGAAAGAUGACCAGAAAAAUGAUGUUAGACCCAAAGUACUUCUUAUUACUUACGAAAUGUUCAAGUGUGAUCCGCAUGCAACACUGAAACUCAUAGAAGAAUUUAUACACGAAACCUGGGUUGAUGGGCCCGACAAUUCACGUCGUCCAAAAAGACUGACAUGUAGUCAAAUUUCUGAGUUGGCGGAACACUGUUCGUUUGAGAAAAUGUCUGGAAACCGCACAACGAAUUUCGAAUGGAUGAAAGAUAUGGGACUGUGGUCUACGAAAGAAGGCACUAGAUUCAUGCGUCGUGGAAAAAUUGGUGACCACCAGAGAACCUUAACUCCAUCACAAGUGGGAAAAAUCGUGGAGAAGGUGGAAAAGCCGGUUUGCAGUGGACUUUGGCGAAAAGCUGAUUGUUUGCUCAAAAUAACCAAAGAAAAUCUGCUGUUGUUUAUUGACGGAAAACUAAUUUACAUUACUUUAUUUGUGAAAAACGAUUUGGUAAUAAUUGAUUUGAAAGGCUGACUCUUAGCUGUGCACUGUACGAAAAUACAAUCUUUAUUCAAGUUAUAAAAUUGAUAAAAACAACCUUUUUCUGUACAGUCCGAGGUAUACGAAAAAAUCAUUGUGUCACCCCGAAGGCCC